CCCCUCUAUCCAGUAUCCACUACUUCUCUCUCUCUCUCUCUCUCUCUCUCUCAAAAAGUACACAACAAUGGGAGUACUUCAUCUCCUGCUACUCACACUCUCUCUCACUACCCUCACCAACGCCCACAACAUCACCGACAUCCUCUCACACUUCCCAGAAUACAGCCUCUUCAACAGCUACCUAACCCAGACGAAGCUCGACGGCGAGAUCAACAGCCGCGAGACCCUCACCGUCCUCGUCCUCACCAACGCCGCCAUGUCCGCUCUCGCAGCCAAACACCCCCUCUCCGUCAUAAAAAACGCGCUCAGCCUCCACGUCCUCCUCGACUACUUUGACGCCAAGAAGCUCCACCAGAUCUCCGACGGCACCACCCUCUCCACCACCCUAUACCAGACCACCGGCAACGCGCCCGGCCAAAUCGGCUCCGUCAACAUCACCGACUUGAAGGGCGGCAAGGUCGGGUUCGGCUCGGCCGCUGCGGCGCCCGGGUCGGCCCUCGACGCGACGUACACCAAGGAAGUGAAGCAGAUUCCGUAUAAUAUCUCGGUUCUGGAGAUAAGCCAGCCGAUUAUCGCGCCCGGUGUUUUGACGGCGCCGGCUCCGUCUGCUUCGGAUAUGAAUUUGACGGCUGUGCUGGAGAAGGCCGGGUGUAAGAAGUUUGCGUCCUUGAUUUUGUCCACCGGUGUGUUAAAGGUGUAUCAGACGGCGGCGGGUAAAGGCUUGACGGUGUUCGCACCUUCAGACGAGGCGUUCAAGGCGCCCGACGUGCCAGAUCUGAGCAAGCUCACCAACGCCGAGCUGGUCUCCUUACUACAGUACCACGCCCUCGCCAGCUACGCCCCCUUCGGAGCUCUGAAGACUACCAAGGCUCCGAUGAGCACCUUGGCCACCAACAGCGCUGGAAAGUACGACCUGACCGUAUCGACCUCCGGCGACCAGGUCACUCUAAAGACCGGCCUCGACUCGUCGCGCGUUGCCACCACCGCGAUCGACGCGCCGCCGCUCUGCAUCUUCACCGUCGACAGCGUGCUCCUUCCGCCGGAGCUUUUCUCGACGUCUCCGGCGCCGGCGCCGGGGCCUGCGACGUCGCCAUCGCCAGCGCCGGCUGGUUCUGCUCCGAGUCCGGCUCCGGUGUCCGCGAAGGCUCCGUCGCCGUUUUUGUCUCCUCCGGCGCCGCCUACGGAGUUGCCGGCGGAGGGGCCUGGAGAAGCCGAGAAAAGCACGUCGGAUAAUGCCGGCGGCAGGGUGGAUGCUCCGGCGUUGUUCGAAGCUGUAGUUACAGUAUCAGCCUCUGUUAUUAUCUCAAUUUUCUUGUCCUACUAGACCAGAUCGGAGUAAUUUCAACAUCUCUCUGUUUUUUGUUUUUUGGGUUGCUUUGCUGGAGGACUCCAUUUACCAGUACUAUUUUUUAAUUAAAUUAAAUUUGGGGGAUAUUUCCGUUAGCAA